CAGUGGGGAACAGGGGGCGGCAGCGGAACUGGCGCGACAGGAAGUGGCCACAGGACGUGGCCGGUGUCACGGCGGCAGUGGCGAACUAGGCCGGGCCUGGCGCUGUUUUUUCCCCCCGCUUCAUUCCUGGGGUUCCGGAGCCGCGAGGAUGACGCAGGCAGAGCUACGGCUCUGCUCCCUCCUGCUCCAGGAGCACUUCGGGGAGAUCGUGGAGAAAGUCGGGAUCUCCCUGCUCCGGACGGGACCGCGGCCGCUGCGGCUCCUGGUCGGGGACACGGGGCUGCUCCCGGAUCAGGUGAAAAAGGCCCUUUGUGUCCUCAUCCAGCACAGCCUGGUGUGCUAUGAGGUGCAGCCUCGGGGCUCUGUGGAGUACGAGGCGCGGAGUGAGCGGAUCCUGCGGAUCCUGCGUUACCCCCGCUACAUCUACACAGCCAAGACGCUCUACGGGGACCCAGGGGAGCUGCUGGUGGAGGAGCUUCUGCUCCACGGGCACCUCCCUAUGAGCUGCGCUGUUGCCAAGGUUGCCGAUCGUCUCGCUGAAACCAUGGAAGAUGGGAAAACCAUGGAUUACACAGAAGUGUCCAGCACAUUUGUGCGCCUGGCAGAUACCCACUUCAUCCAGAGAUGCCCAGCAGUCCCGGAAAGCCCUCGGGGCAUCAAGGCACCGCCAGCCCCUGCACCUGCCCUGGCCAUUGCUGAGAAGGAUAUGUACGUUGUGCCUCGGCUCAGCCUUGUCGGAAAAGGGAAGCGGAGACACUCAUGCAGUGAGGAAGAGGAGGGGGAGCACAAGGCCAAAAAGCAGAAGCAGGAGGGAGGAAGAUCAGAGACUCCCCCAGACGAUGGCAUUUACUGGCAAGUCAACCUGGAGCGCUUCCAUCAGCACUUCCGUGACCAGGCUCUGGUCAGUGCUGUGGCCAGCCGCAUGGACCAGACCAGCAGUGAGGUGGUGCGGACAAUGCUGCGCAUGAGCGAGGUGACCACAGCCUCGGGUGCCUCCCACACGCAGCCGCUCUCUUCCAAUGAGAUAUUCCGAUCUCUUCCAGCUGGGUACAACAUCGGGAAACAGGUGCUGGACCAGUACCUGGCGCUCCUGGCUGAUGAUCCGCUGGAGUUCGUGGGGAAGUCAGGGGACAGCGGCGGAGGCACCUACACCGUCAACCUGCACAAGGCCCUGGUGUCCCUGGCCACGGCCACGCUGGAGUCCAUUGUGGAGGAGAGGUUUGGCUCUCGCUGCGCCAGGAUAUUCCGCCUGCUCCUGCGCAAGAAGUACCUGGAGCAGAAGCAGGUGGAGGAUUUUGCCAUGAUCCCAGCCAAGGAAGCCAAGGAUAUGCUCUACAGGAUGCUCUCCGAGAACCUGGUGUCCUUGCAGGAAAUUCCAAAGACUCCAGACCACGCUCCAUCUCGCACCUUUUACCUGUACACGGUGAACGUGAUGGCCGCUGCUCGGAUGCUUCUUCACAGAUGCUACAAGAGCGUGGCUAACCUGAUGGAGCGAAGGCAGCAUGAAAUGCAGGAGAACAAGAGGCUCCUAGAGAAGUCCCAGCGUGUGGAGGCCAUCCUGGCCUCCAUGCAGGCCACGGGUGCUGAGGCGGCGCAGCUGCACGAGGUGGAGGAGAUGAUCACAGCUGAGCGGCAGCAGCUCGAGACCCUAAAGCGCAAUGUCAACAAGAUCGAUGCCAGUGAGAACCAGGUGGAUGAGACCAUCUUUGCUGAGUCAUUCAUCGAGAGCACCACGAAGAGGUCGUGAGGGAGCAGGAUGGGAACAAGUGUCACAGUAUGACACGAAAUGAACAACACGGACACACAAAGUUGAGAUCAGGAAAAGAGAACAAGUUUAAUUUUCGCUUUGAUAUUUAUACAUUUCUGAUACUGGCUGUGCAUUGGAGGAUGGGGUUACCCCCUCCUCAACCACACUGGUCAAAGCAACGGUCCAUCAACUUCUCUCUUCCUCCAGAAAGGAAUACAAAACAACAGACAGUUAGAAUAACAUUGACUUUUGUUUAUAUGAAAAACUGUGAAAACUCUGACUCCAAAAAUGUAAACUUCAGAAGGCUAAGAAGAACUUUAGAAGAACAGGGCGAUAAACAAGGACAUGGACAGGGAUAUGGAGGGGGACAAAGGCAGGGACCAGAUUCCUCUGCUCAGGGUGCUUGUGCUACUGAGAAUAAAGCAAUAGUUGCUAAUGCA